AUGGUGAUUUUUUGGUGGACAAAGGUUUGGCCCCGCGUAUCUCUUCAUCAAUCUCGACAAGUGACCUUGCCAACAAUUGAGAAAGCACACGAUUUAUUUGACCUUGUGAAACAGCGGCAAAAGGAGACUCUUGCCUCAGAUUCCAAACUACUUCAUCUCGAUGAUCUGAUCCAUUCCGAUUCAUACAAUCAGUGGGCACCAAUGAUCUUAUCGAAAUGUAUGCAUGGGAUGGAUAAACAAGCUGCACCCUGUAUCAAAGAAGCCAAUCCAUCCAAUAUAAUCGAAGCUCAAGAACUCAUCUAUCCUGCAUUUCGCCUUAAGCUGCCAACAUUUACUAAUUCAAGCAUGAAGGCCAUGUGGCUCUCCGAAGGCUCUCGCAACGAUUGGUGGCGAGUUACGGACGAUCAAUCGUGGGCAGAAUUCGCCGUAUUUCAUGGUCAGAAUAUAAUCUUUUCUAAUGCUGCAUACCGAGGAGAUCCACCGGCAGAUGUUUGGUCACCUCACGGGUGCAUGGUCGAAAAUGUUUCCCAUGCGUCAUUUUUGCAUAAUCUCGAUGGUAACGUCACUGAGCUGGCUAACGACAUAAGCAUUGACACGCUUGUAAUUGCUACGACUCCAGAUUCAUGGUCUUUUCAGCAUUUUAUGGAUCGAGUUGCGGCUGUCUGGAGUCAAGCACAACUUAUCAUUCCUACUACCGCAAAAAAAGACACGGUCAUUUUAUCUGGUGAAACACCCCGCGAUGCCAUAGUGGAUGAAAUUUAUGAACUGAUUGUUGGUCAACACUUACACAAAUUGAAAUCAGUGCAUGCAAAGCGACUUGUAUUCUCUUGUCGUGCGCCAUUGUUCCAUCCUUUUACAACAUUGCGAAUUACGGAAACAAUUUUUCAGUCGCUACCACCAUCAAGUUCUUCACAACGUGAUGUCAUUUUGUUUCUUUCAAGAUCAAUUGGAGGUAAAACACGCAAUGGUGGACGACAAAUUUUAAAUGAAGUGGAAGUGACGAACGCUAUUUCAGCGAUGUUAAAUGCCACAGGACGACCAGAACAACUGCAGGAGACUCUCGACAAGUAUGACGUGUGUGAUAUUCACAAUAUGGACGAAACAGGGCUCUUUUACCGCAUGCAGGUGAGUUCAUUUGAUAAUGACAUGUAUUUUUUUCAUGCUUAG